AAUUUGGACUUUGCCACUGAGGCACUUUCUUUGUUUCCUCGCUGUGUAAAACAAACUGCAGGAUUCCAAGUUAGGCUUAGCUAGCAACGUACUGUCAAGAAGAUGGCGCACUGGGAUAAAAGUUUACCUUUGUGGAAUCCGUCAGUGCCUGUGGAUUUUGCAUCCUGUUGGGUCCUCUGCAACAAUUUUGCUGGUCUAGACUUGAACUCUGGUUGUCAGGGUAACAAAUCUGCCCCAACCAGGUACGUGCCCCCACACUUGAGGAACAACCGUUCCCACCAAGGCCCUCAGCAGUCAAACCAGUUUGCAACUCAGAAAAGUUACACAGACUUCCGUGGGGCUGAAGAUUGGGGUGGACGUGACGCGGGAGACCGUUUCAAGGGAGGCGAACGUGGUGGACGUGGUGGUGCUGACUUCUCCAACUUUGGGGGUCGAGGAAAGAGAAACGACGCUGGCAAUGUGCGCAACAGUGGCUUCCCACCUCGUCAGGGUGGUGGCGGAAACUGGAGAAACCCAGAGGAAGCAGCAAAGGAAGGCUGGGGUGCACGUGACGGAGAGCGUGGCGGUGGUGGUGGCGGCAACUGGGACCGCCGCAAUGGGGGCCGGCGCACUUAUGACGAUGAGGACUGGACGAGACCCCUACCUAGGGACGAGCGGAUAGAGAAAGAAUUAUUUUCCCAGGGUCACACUGGGAUCAACUUUGAAAAGUAUGAAGAUAUUCCUGUUGAGGCAACUGGAGAAGAUGCCCCAAAGCAUAUUACCUCAUUCGAUGAGUGCUCAAUGACGGAGAUUAUCCGCAACAACAUUGAGCUGACCCACUACCGUAAUCCCACCCCGGUGCAGAAGUAUGCCAUACCCAUCAUCUUGGGCAAACGUGAUCUCAUGGCCUGCGCACAGACGGGGUCGGGAAAGACGGCGGCCUUUCUGGUGCCGAUUCUGAACCAGAUCUUCGAGGACGGUGCCCCCAAGAACGUUCCUGCACCAACACGCUAUUCGUCCAGGCCGAAGCAAUAUCCCCUGGCACUCAUCUUGAGUCCCACCAGGGAGCUGGCGUGCCAGAUCUAUGACGAGGCGUGCAAGUUUGCAUACCGCUCACGGGUGAGGCCCUGCGUAGUGUAUGGUGGAGCUGAUCCCGUGCAACAGAUGAGGGAUCUGGACAAGGGCUGCCAUCUGUUGGUUGCCACACCCGGUCGUCUCGUAGACAUGAUGGAGCGUGGCAAGGUGAGCCUGGAGCUGGUGCGUUACCUAGUACUGGACGAAGCUGACCGUAUGCUGGACAUGGGCUUUGAGCCUCAGAUUAGACGCAUUGUGCUCGAGGACAACAUGCCUGCCACAGGGCGGCGCCAGACCCUUAUGUUCUCCGCUACGUUUCCCAAGAAAGUUCAGGAGCUGGCACGGAAGUUCUUGGACAAUUACAUAUUCUUGGCGGUGGGACGUGUGGGCAGCACGUCUGAGAACAUCACCCAGAAGGUGGUGUGGGUGGAGGAGCAUGACAAACGUUCCUUCUUGCUGGAUCUGCUCAAUGCGGCUGGUCUCAAGGGAAACAGCAACCAAUACAACCCUUCAGAUUCACUCACGCUGAGCUUUGUGGAGACCAAGAAGGGGGCGGACGCCCUCGAGCAUUUCCUCCUCAAGGAGGGAUAUCCUGUCACCAGCAUUCAUGGUGACCGCAGUCAGCGGGAACGCGAGGAAGCUCUCUGGUCCUUCCGUACAGGUCGUACGCCCAUCCUAGUUGCUACUGCUGUGGCAGCAAGAGGCCUGGACAUCCCCAAUGUGAAGCAUGUCAUCAACUUUGACCUGCCGAGUGAUAUAGAAGAGUACGUGCACAGGAUUGGCCGCACUGGCCGUGUAGGAAACUUAGGUCUGGCAACUUCCUUCUUUAACGAGAAGAACCGCAACAUGGCCCUGGACUUGGUGGAGCUCAUCACGGAGACCAAGCAGGAACUUCCCGACUGGUUGGCUGCUUUGGCGAAAGAGGUCCAGGCCGAGCAGCGCUCAUCCAACCAGCGUCGGUACGGAGGAGGAGGCCGCAGUGGUCGCUAUGGAGCUGGCGGAUUUGGAAGCCGCGACUACCGCCAGUACAGCCGCGACCGUCCCGCCGGGGGCAGCGGACCAGGCGGACGCCCCGUCAACAACAACGCAGGUGGUUAUGGUGGAGGUGCGCCACAAUAUGGUGGCUAUGGCGCCAACCACUUUGCCGGCAACACCUACCGUCCCAGCAGCUAUGGUGGGAACUACAGCUCUUCUUCCACCGAUUGGUGGGGGAACUAAAACGGGGGAAAGGGAGAGGACGAAGUUUCCCCAUCUCCCUGUGCUUUCCUCCUUUCCCUGCUUUCUCUUUAUUGUCGCCCCCUCUGUGCUUGUCAGCGGAAGUGCGCCCGUCACCUUCUCGGAGACCACGCCCGUUAUCUAUGUCUGAACAGGAAAAAGAAAAUGGUUUACCCUGGCUGCAUCUGUGUCGACGUGGGGGCCACGUUGAACGCCUGCUCCUGUGUGGUUGAGCUUUGCCGGGGCUCGACUCGUUAAGUCGUCCCUCAAGUAAGGAUACACACCGAAAGCUGCGACGGAGGUGAAAAUUUUGACAGAUUAAAAGGCGGGACAUUCCUGCACUUAGGGUUUUUUUUUUUUUUUUUUUUCCUUCGCUGUUGUAGCAUUUCACUAACAGUGACUCGCACAGAGAUACGUACGUAUGCAUCUGGUUGUAACCUACCGAUUGGUUGUAGUCCAUGUUGUUUAUCCGUUUCGCGUUAUUGCUUUCUGCGUUGCCUGGAACCGCGCAUCGAGUGCCCCGUGUCUUUCGAGCGUGGGAGAGAGCUAGCUCUGUCCCACUUGGGCACCCGGGCAACGUUUUUUUUUUUUUUCUUCAGCCACGAGGUUCACGUUUCUUGAAGACUGUUUAUAUUCCAGCGGUGUUGUUGGUCGAGUUUUGUUGUCCCCAACGUGCGAAAGUAAAAAAAAAAGAAAAUGGAUUGGCCUUUUUUGCUUUUUGAAAUUGUUUUCCUGCGCAGCGCUACUUUGGUUCUACUCGCAGUUGUGGGAGGGACCUCAGUGAGCGGCAGGAACUUCCUGCUACUACUGCAUUACGAAGUGUGCCUGCACUAAGGCACAGUGACUGUCAACAAAUGAUGGGCAAGAUGAUUAAUUAAUUAAUUGGCUUUUAAACGAGGUUUACUUGAAAAUGGGACGAGUUGGCUUAUCUAAAAUUGCUGUUUUUUGGGGGAAUACCUUUUUUUUAACGUAAUGCACAUCUUUUCUGGUCAGACAGUAAGCUAUCAAACUGCCAUUCAGAGAGCGUCAGAGGGCAGAGACCUUCCAAAGCUAAAAAUAGCAGCAGUGGCUUUUUCUCAAUCUCCGGACGAUAUUGUGAUACGAAGGGACCACCUCAACAGUUGGGCAUAAUAUCCGCGGUUGAGCGCUCUCGUGCAGAACACACGUUUUUGAAAAACUUUGUUCCUUUCUGAGCUGAGCUUUUCUCUUAACAGCGAGCUCGGCUUUGUGAGUUUCUUCAUUUGUAUAUAUGUAUGUAUAUUGCUGUGUGUGUGUGUAUGAUUAGGGCGUACAAGCACACACGUAUGUAUGUAUGUAUAUAUAUGCGCAUCAUCACGUUUUUCGUUAAUGCCGAGUUACUCUUCCUUUUACGAAACCAAUUCAGUUGUGUGCAAUGACUUUAUAGCAAAGGCCACAAGACCCAUUUUUCUCACACGAGGAGGACAUCUAGUCUUUGUUCUUCUUUCCGUCUCCUUUUUGCGACGUGCCCCCGCUAGCGGAGGUACUGCAUUUAUUUCUUACGCGGACACCAGGGGUGAAGUGUGCGGACUUCUCGUUCGCGUUGUACAUAGGCAGGAAUGAAAGCGAAUAUCCCUUGAGCAGGAUUUUUUCUCUGUCCUGCAAACAUUUUAUCAUCCCGACAACAAAAACGUGCCUUAGGGGCGCCACACAGCGGGAAUGGGGAUUCUCAAAGGGCCUUUGUACAUAGCAGCGUGUCAUCUCUGGGAAGCACAUAACAUUGUGUCGCGUUUUUUUCACAUUUGUACAGGGAACUGCUGGGUCAUUUUCAUGUACAUAGCAUAGGUUUUAUGACAAGAGGGCCUCCGCCGAAGGGCAGCAGAGUCUAAACUUAGCACGCAGUCAAGUGGUAACAAAAGCCUACCCAGUGAUUCAGUCGUUGGUAUUUAUUCAGUAAUGUACUGCUACAGCAGUGCGUUUAUUUUCCCGCCACGUGAAAGAUACUGACAGAGCAAAAAAGUUACACGUAGAGGAGCAACUUUGCUGGGCAGCGUUUGUUGCACGCUGCUUUGGUCGUGCAACAAAAGUUGCUACCGGACGACUCAGGAUUUCCCAUUUAGUCUCUCCUUUCCUUUUUUUUUUGAACUGGAACAAAGAAAGUGCCAGCCUGGGGUGGUCAGUUGCCGUUCUCUCACUUUAUAACCACGUGCUCACUAUGCACGUGCAGACGAGCGGGGGAGGUCUCUGUAUUUUGACGACAACGGAUUGCUUGCCUGAAGGAAACACGUAUACAAGAUCAAUUUUGCCCAUCAUUGCUUCCUUGUAUUCUUCUCAAGGCUGUCCCUAUAUGACUCCUGCAAGGCUCCGCAAGUGGAGAGUUUUCCAACGCGAGGGACUUGUACUCGAGAAGAGUGAACAAUCAAACGCUAGUUGAACAAAGAGAGAAAGAAAAAAAGGCAUGAGUGCAUGCGUCUUCUGUGCGGGCAUUUUUUGAGUUUUUAGUGCAGCUCUCGUGUCUGGGGUGGGAUGGGCCUGCAGAAAAUAAAGCAGGCGGGCCUGGUGUGGUCGGCGAGGGAUUUAGCGCAUGUAUACAAAACGCUGUCAUUUUUGUCCGACCUUGACUGAGAAAAAAAGUCUCGCUCUUGUUUGUAAUCGCCAUUACCUGGGGAUGUGUUGGGUCCUCUAGUACUGGGCAUUCUUUUUAAAAAACGCGGUAUUGGAUGUUGAAAGGGCAAAAAAAUAAAGGUAUUUGAACAUCUGA